CAGUUGAUCAGAUCAGGACUAUCACAACAAACAGCUUUUUUAAUGACAACUCAUUCUACAGUUACGACCCAAAACCCAAAUGCAAAAACAUAAAAAAUGUACUUAAAAAAUACAAAAAGUAUAAAUAACUGGCUUUCAAAGAAACAAAAUUUCUCCCUCGCGAACUACUUUCAUCCGAGUGCAUCAUUUCAACUCCAAAACAACGAGGAAUUACUGAACAAAACUCUAAAUUCUUCAUUUAUGACCUAAAAGUGAAGUUCCUUCAUACCUAAAGGGGCCACAGCAGCGGAAAGUAGUGACACGCGCGAAGGAAUAUAUCGCGUCAAUCAGUGGCAAUAGCACCCAUCCUUCAGUAGAGCAGUUUAAUGACACCUUAAGCAAAAUAUACAAAAACAGAAGGAUUUGUAAGAAUAAAAGGAUAUACACAAAACAUUCUAGAAGGAGGAGGUCCCAACAACCUCCUUUGAGUAAGGGACUUGGGAAGGCUAGAAAGACCCAGAAGACGGCUAACUCUAAAUUCAGAAGAGCCCGAACUAAGCAGAGAGAUAAGUUGUUUGACAAAGAAGACCAAAGCCAAGAAGCGCUGUAUAACUAUUGUUACAAGAAAAUGUUUGGAGGUGAUAAGUUGAAAAUGAUCGGGGAAUAUAAUCUCAAAAAUGAUGAACAGCAAAAGAGGAUGCCAAAAACAGCUGCUAUUUCAAAGCCAUUCCAUUUGAUUCGCACGAAGAAGGACUCCUCUUACUUUAAUAAUAGCAAUGAGAUUUUCCUGAAUGUUAAAAAGAGAGCAUGAAGUAUAAUCACUAAAAUGGAGAAUGAGAAGAGACUCUCUAAGACUUUCUACAAGCCAUCCAAUGAGCCUGAGAAGAAGGAAAUGUAGCUUAAUUUUAA